CAGUGCGCCUGUGCAAGCUCCUGCAGCGCAGAACCUGUUGAGGCAACAAAACUACUUGGUUAGGUUUAGGAAAAGAUUUUAGUUUAGGUUAAAAGUAGUACGUUUGUUAUGUAAAAUAAGUAUGUUUGUUUCGUAACUUACGCACGUGGCGUCAACGUUGACUUAGUCUCACAGGGGACAUGAACAGCAGGCUCCUGGGUGAAAGUCCGAGGUUGUUUGACCCAUCCAUCUCAAGUCUCCAGGAAGAGCGCAGGGCUUUGAAGCCAAUUUCCGUUGCGACCAAAUUGGGGACUUACAAUUUGUCUGUGCAUAAAUGCUACAACUCCUCAAGACCAAAGCCAAGCUCCGUGUCUUCCCAGUCGCCUGCUGACUAAAGUGAAGGCGGUUAGCCCUGGAGUUAGCCCUGGAGUUAGCAACAACUCCGGCUCAGGCUCAUUUAAGGUGGAUCAGUUAUUCUCCUUUAAGUGACAAGCCGCUCCUCUGAGUUUUGCUCAGCUUUUUAUUUAAUCUUUAAUAUCUAUUUUAACCGAAAGCAUUAGUCGGUUAAAAUUCUGAAUGUCGGUUAAUGGUUAAACGGUUAAUUAUCAACAUUCCUAAUACACACACCUCCAAACACCGGGCCGAUCACUGAUUGUCAGAUUUUCUGUUUUGGAAAGUUCUAAAAAAAUGGUCUGAUGUGACCCCUCUGAUUGUGCCAUCAGUUGUUUAAACGCUUGACUUAAAGCAUACUGAGCCUCAACAAUAUAAUCUAUAUAGUACAGUGUGAGUUAAAUAACAAAUGUUUCUAUUCAUGUCAUAAAUAGCCUGCAUGGGCAGAGCUCUGAGACUCAGACGGGGCUUGCCAGGACUGUUUGAAGUAAGGAAAAGGGGUCACUGAGUGUUUUAUCUGGGGACACGACGAUUUGAUGCUAGCAGACCUUUCAAGGGUCUUUUUUUAAAACACAGAUAAGACGACUGGCGAGUGGCCGGAGAGGAGAGGAGCAGUCACAACAAACCCACCGGACACCAGACUGAACUGGACCAAACCAAAAUUCUUAUUUGCUCUGACGUGUGUGAUCCUGCCACAAACUUCUUGAUGUCUUUUUUGUACAUAACAGCAUCCAGGAUUUGAAAGUGAGCAUGCUCUUCUGUACUGGUCAUCAUUUAAAAUAUACCUCUCCAUUAAAGGAAGAGCCCAUUCGCUCUCAGAGGACUAAUCUGUGAAGAAUGCUCUAUCAGUCGGCGCUAUCAGCCGCUCCUCCAGUAGAGGAAGGAGGAUGUGUCUCGGUUUUAAAAUGGAUCCCAAAGACGAGAGAGAAGUAACCGCGCCAAGUGAGUCAUGUCAAGUGGACAUCCUUAUCUAUGAAAGAUGGGAAGGCUCUCUCUUGCAAUGUACUGCUCUCAAAGCGACUGGGCAGAGAGCAGGCGGAGGGUAGGUGCUCUGACUUUAGGAGAGCUUUCUGACUAAGAAAUGAGAUGUAAAAAUUGAGAAAAAACCUCAGGAACCGAGUGUAGAUUAGGUAGGAUAGUGUAGCCCAGAUCAGGUCUUCUUCAAGGUGGUUAAAGAUGUCAGCAGGUCCAACAGGGUAGGAGUUGAGGAGGAGGAGGAGGAGAGGUGGAUCAGUCCAGAGCAGACUGCCCUACUCCAGGCAGUUGGUCCCUCCUCGAGGCAGCCGGCAGCCACAGGCCACCAUGACGGAGUGGACCCUGCUCAAACGUCUCCUGGACGCCGUCCACCAGCACUCCACCAUGAUCGGUCGCCUGUGGCUCACUGUCAUGGUCAUCUUCCGGCUGCUCGUCGUCGCCGUGGCGACCGAGGACGUGUACACCGACGAGCAGGAGAUGUUCGUGUGCAACACGCUGCAGCCGGGAUGCUCCACCGUCUGCUACGACGCGUUCGCGCCCAUCUCGCAACCUCGCUUCUGGGUCUUCCACAUCAUCAGCGUCUCCACGCCAUCCCUCUGCUUCAUCAUCUACACGUGGCACAACCUGUCCAAACUGCCCCACAACGCCACCCAGAGGCCGGGGCAAGGACUAGGGGUCAUCGCGGGGCAGGGAGGCCCAGACGCAGGGCAAGGCGGCGGACGGGAGGCGUACGAUCGGAGCUGCGACUCGGACAGCUGCUCCAUCCGCUCCCACAAGCAUCUGGGUCACAGCCUGGCGGAUGUGCUGCAGGGCGUCACCGCCCAGAGGGGAGACCCCAACAACAUGGCGUCCUUGAGCCACGCCCGAGCUUGCACUGUCAGGGAGGAGAGCGCGGAGGGUCCUGUGGCCUCUGGAGGCGUUCUGUCUAAAUGUUACAUCUUCCACGUGUGUCUACGGGCCGUUCUGGAGGUGGGCUUCGUCCUGGCCCAGUGGAAGCUGUUUGGCUUCCAGGUGCCCGUCCACUUCCUGUGCACCUCGUCCCCCUGCAGCCAGCCGGUGGACUGCUACGUCUCCAGGCCAACGGAGAAGACCAUCUUCUUGCUCUUCAUGUUUUGCGUGGGGGUUUUCUGCAUCCUGCUCAACCUGCUGGAGCUCAACCACCUGGGCUGGAAGAAGAUCCGGCAGGUGGUGAGGCUGCGGGAGACGGCGUCCUGGGGACGUUGUCCUGGUAUGAGGGGGGGGUAUGAGACCUUCCCUCCAGACAGCCCCUCUCUCACAUCCUCGUUAGGCUUCAGGGACGUGACCAGCACCACCUCCCUGCCCACUUUGGACCUGGUGGUGGGUCACCAGCCGGACUGGACCUGUGCUGUGAACUGUGAGGGGGUCAGAGAGACGAGACCGGAUCAACCACAGAGACUGGACUCCUAUAAAGGAGAGAGGCAGCCUCUGAAGAGCAAGAGGACCAUUAGAGAGUCUAAACAGAGGAGUGCUGAGGUCUGGAUAUAGACUACGACCAACAAACGCAUGUUGCUGCCUUUACUUGUUUGACCCGUGGAUCUCACUUUGGAAUUUAAAGCAUAUCAAUUAACUUUGUAUCCUGGAAAUGAAUUAAAUAAAUUACCAGCUAUAUAUAAUGAUUAAAUAAUGUUUGUAAUAAAGUCAUUUUCGAUAAAUUUUGAGGUAAAUAUUGGGGAUAUUUGCGAUCCCUUAAUACAGAACAAUGUCUACUUGUUACCCUCACAGGUCGCAUGACUUGUGAGCAGUUGAGUCAUUUAUAGACUGUUUCGUUAUAGCUCUCAAUAGCUCUCGGAGACAUAGAGUUCAAAUCAUAUAUUACACUGUAAGAAACGGGCAAAGAUGAGAAAAUAAAGAUA